UUUGCUCAGGGCCAGCCCGAAGUGAGAAUGGCUUUUCUCGGUCAAUUCCCAGUUUUGCCACCAUCAUCCUUACCCGAAUCCUAGUAAGUCUAUUCUCCACUGAACUGAACCGAGGGCAGCUGACGGCAGGCACGCGGUGCCCCAUUUGCCACCCCAGGGAGGCCGAGCAGCGGCGAGUAUGUGGCCACGGCCCCUCCAUUCCAGCAAACCCACGGUGUGUGGCCACGGCCCCUCCACUCCCAGCAAACCCACGGGGGCCUGGGUGCGGACGGAGACCCGCUGUGCGAAGGCCGCGGCCCCUACAAGCUGAGCCACGGGGGUUUGGGCGGGGAGGAGCUUGUACUGGAUGGGCGGGGAGGAGCCCGGACGGCGGGAGCGGCUGCGGCGCGCGGCUGCCCUGGGAGCCGCGUGCUGGGGGUCCUAGGGGCCCACCGCGCCCAGCCAGACGUUCAGACGCUCAGCCAACCAUGGUCUGUAACCCAGGAAAGAGGAGCAGGGCCACUCCCGCGCGCGGCCCCAGCGCUGAACCGGGCGCCCCCACUCUGCCGGGAAAAAGGCAGUGGCAGUCAGGCCGCGCUGUCUCUUUAAGACCGUGUUCCUCCUAACACCGAAGGGCUCCUGGACAGGGCGGGGAGACUAACUAAGCAAGGCCAAGUUCCAAAGGGAGGAGAGUCCCAGCUGGUUUCAGCGUCCACACGGUGCAGUCCUUCAUGAAUCUGGAUGCAGAGGCCUCCAUGGCUGUGAUAAGCCUGCUGUUCUUGGCAGUGAUGUAUGUUGUUCACCACCCCCUGAUGGUCAGUGACCGGAUGGACCUGGACACAUUAGCCAGGAGUCGGCAGCUGGAGAAGCGAAUGAGCGAGGAGAUGCGCCUGCUAGAGAUGGAGUUUGAAGAGAAAAAGCAAGCGGCUGAGCAGAAGCAGAAGGCAGAGAACUUGUGGAGAGGAGACACAUCCAGCGACCAGUUAGUGCUGGGGAAGAAAGACAUGAGGUGGCCGUUCCAGGCCGAUGGCCAGGAGGGGCCUCUGGGCUGGAUGCUGGCAAACCUGUGGAACACUGGCCUCUUUUGCCUUUUUCUCAUCUUUGAGCUCCUGCGACAGAACAUGCAGCAAGAGCCGGCCUUUGAUUCCAGCAGUGAGGAAGAGGAGGAAGUCCAUGUUGUCCCUGUCACCUCUUACAACUGGCUUACUGACUUCCCCUCCCAGGAGGCCCUGGACUCCUUUUACAAACACUACGUCCAAAAUGCCAUCCGUGACCUGCCUUGCACCUGUGAGUUUGUGGAGAGUUUUGUGGAUGAUCUCAUUGAGGCCUGUCGGGUGCUCAGCCGCCAGGAGGCUCACCCACAAUUGGAAGACUGCCUGGGCAUCGGGGCUGCCUUUGAGAAAUGGGGAACCCUCCAUGAGACCCAGAAAUUUGAUAUCCUGGUGCCCAUCGUCCCCCCACAGGGCACCAUGUUUGUCCUGGAAAUGAAGGACCCGGCCCUGGGCCGCCGCUGUGGCUGUGUGCUGGUGGAGUCAGAAUGUGUGUGCAAGCGUGAGAAACUCCUUGGGGACGUGCUGUGCCUGGUGCACCACCACAGGGAGCCCUCGGCAGUCUUGGGGAAGUGUAGCAGCUCCAUCAAGGCAGCUCUCUGCACUGGCCUCCACCUAGACGUGUGCAAGACUGUGCAGUGGUUCCGGAACAUGAUGGGCAAUGCCUGGGCCCUUGUGGCCCACAAGUAUGACUUUAAACUCAGUCUCCCACCGUCUCCCACCUCCUGCAAGCUCAGGCUAGACUAUCGCUCAGGCCGCUUUCUCUCAAUCCACCUGGUCCUGGGGGUGCAACGAGAAGACACCUUGGUCUACCUGGUGAGUCAGGCUUCUGACCAGGAGCAGCUCACCAGUGUGGACUGGCCUGAGUCCUUUGUGGCCUGUGAGCACUUGUUCCUGAAGCUGGUGGGGCGCUUUGCCCCCGAGAACACCUGUCACCUCAAGUGCCUCCAGAUCAUUUUAAGUCUCCGGCAGCAUCAGAGCUUACCCCAUGGAGCAUCCCGCCCCAUCCUCACAUCUUACCACUUUAAAACAGCUCUCAUGCACCUCUUGCUACGGCUGCCCCUCACGGACUGGGCCCACAACAUGCUCUCUCAGCGGCUCCAGGACAUUCUCUGGUUCUUGGGCCGUGGCCUCCAGCAAAGGUCCCUCCAUCAUUUCCUCAUUGGUAACACUUCUCUGCCCCUGACCAUCCCGAUCCCUAAGACAUUUAGGAGUGCUGAGCCUGUCAAUCUCUUCCAGCACCUGGUGCUCAACCCCAAGGCACAUUCACAGGCAGUGGAAGAGUUCCAAAACCUUCUGACCCAGGUGAAAACUCUGCCUCGUGCCCCACUGGCCGCAGCACCUUGAUGUAAAGACCAUUUUAAAAAAAACAGAUGAAGAAAUGUCAAAGGGAUUACUUGAACUGUGUGUGUGGUUUUGAAAGAGGGGUCAUCACAAUCCAGGCUCACUGCCAGGUUUGUAUAGGAAAGGAUUGGGAAGCAGUCCAACUCUAAAGUUGUGAUUCUAGAGAUAUGAUUGGUGUGUUUUUCCCUGUUUUCAAAACCAUGGGAUGCUGAGGAGGAGUGUUAAGAAAUGCAGCUAUAGUUAUGGGUGUGGUUGUUUUGGAAACGCCAAUGCUGUUCUGUCUGCACUGCCAAGAAGAUCUGCUGAGGAGGGUAACCUGUCCCCACUGAACUUGACCUCAGCAAGGAUCAGAUGCUGGCCGUUAUGGACUUCAGUCAUAGAAUACACACCCUCCCCUCCAGCAAAAAUAAAUUUAAAAUGUCCCAAAGUCGGGUGCGGUGGCUCACACCUGUAAUCCCAGCACUUUGGGAGGCUGAGGUGGGCAGAUCACUUGAGCCCAGGGGUUCAAGACCAGCCUGGGCAACCCAUCGCGAUCCCGUCUCUACAAAAAAUGAGCUGGGCAUGGUGGCAUACACCUGUGGUCCCUGCUACUCUGGAGGUUGAGGCGGAAAGACUGCUUGAGCCCGGAGGUCAAGGCUGUAGUGAGCUCUGAUAGUGUCACUGUGCUCCAGUGACCCAGGGCAAAAAAAGUGAGACUGUCUCAAAAAAAAAUAUAUUGUCCCAGAAGCUGAUGCCAGUCAGUAUUUGGGGCUCCUAGUGCACAAUAGCUACUGUGUUCCCACGUUGCCUGCAUCCGUCUGGUACUGCUUUCAAGGCAAGACGCAAUCCUGGUGGUUCCCUGCUGGUGGGAUUUUGGUGUUCUAGAAACAUCCAUAUACUUUUUGUUUAGAAAAUUAUGUGCUGAUCUUUUAAGUUAGAGUCAAUAAAGGAGGCUAUUUGCUGUAUACAUGGGAAUCUCUGCAGUAACAUACUCAGCAGAUCAGCAUUCUCAUAUGCCUGUUCCCAAGAAGUUCGUGUUACCCUGAUAGCUCCGUUCAGUACCUCCUGGUGUUGCUCAAUGUACUUGGAACGAGUCUGCCUUGUGGUUGCCCAGUGGCAUGGCCACUGGCCAGAAAAGAAUAAGAAACAUCUAGGUGACUGAUUUUCAUGGCGCCCAAACCAAAAUAUCAGCCAAAUUAGAAGAUCUUAGUGGUUGCAAACAAGCAUACACUCUAACAAAAGUCUUCUCAGGUAGGAAGAAGGUGGUAUGAUUUCUAGGAGGGCGUGGUUGUUCCUAGUCUAAUAGAUAAAAAA